AUGUCUCAGCGGAAGGUUCUGGAGCUCUUCUAUGAUGUGGUCUCCCCCUAUUCCUGGUUUGGGUUUGAGGUCUUGUGCCGAUAUAGAAAUAUAUGGAAUGUAGAUAUUCAGCUUCGUCCUGGAUUCCUUGGGGGAAUAAUACAAACAACAGGUAAUUCUCCACCUGCAUUGGUUCCCAAAAAAGGAAUCUACAUGAACCAGGAUCUGAAUAGACUAUCUGAAUUCUUCCAGGUUCCUCUGAAACAUCCAAGUGAUUUCUUUCAAGUAGUUCUUAAAAAAGGAAGUCUCUCAGCCAUGCGCUUUGUCACAGCUAUUCAGAUGUCGCAUCCUGAAUUUUUAGAACCAGUUUCAAGGGAGCUUUGGAUUCGAAUCUGGUCUGAAGAUAAAGAUAUUACUGAACCAGAGAGCAUGCUGGAGGCUGCUAAAAAAGCAGGCAUGUCGGAGGACAAUGCUAAAAAGGUUUUGGCCACCAUAUCUUCACCAGAGGUUAAGAACAAACUCAAGGAGACUACUGAUAUUGCUUUAAAGUAUGGGGUGUUUGGUAUGCCUUCUAUUGUGGCCCACAUAAAUGGAAAGCCAGAGAUGUAUUUUGGAUCUGAUCGCUUUGAACUUUUAGCACACAAGCUAGGUGGGUUUCCAAACAUAAUUUAUUAA